AUGAAUUGUAUCCAUUUGUGUUCAAUCUAUUUUUUCCAUAUGUCCAGGAGUCGAGCGGGUGAAAAUUACUUCCGUUUCGUAGUGCUGCCGGAGGUUCUCAGAGAGGUUGUUAGCUUUGAGCCGGAAGACAAAUCAAUAUUAGAACAUGAGCAACUUGAUGCACUUCACGAUGUUGGGGUAGUUGGUCGCGAAACUGCCACAAUCUCCACGUAUUCCACUACUCGGGGCAUGCAUGAACCAUCCAGUGGAUUCAUUUCGGAGAUGAAAGCUCUCCAGCUCCUUCAAUGGAUAAGUGAGGAUGGUCAGGGCGUGAAGCUUGAAGCUAGCUUGAGGGACAACCGGCUCGGUGGCUCGGUGAAGCCCCCGUAUUCCAGCUCUGGCGUCAUUUACAUAAUGGUUUGGACUGACGUCAUGAUUGGCGCCAUAGACACCUACGUCAAACCCCCCUAUCGCAACAAUCCAGCGCAUAAAAGGCAGGGCACGGCUCGUGCAGGACCACCACAACCUCUCCUACUACCGUUGCACCGUACCAUUGAAGCCAUGCCAUCAGAUUCUCAACAACGCCGGACUGGGCAGGCUUUGGAGGGCGCCGACUUCGAACAUGUACAUGGACUUGAGAACAAAUUGGACAACCUCGAGUCGCGGUAUGAAGCUGCCCCUGACAACGCCCAUCUUGACAUUGAUUCAAAAGAUGAGAGAAGUCUGGCAAACAGGGCUGCGGCAAGCGAGAAGCACGAACUCGAGAAGGAUGCAGAAAAGGCGUCUAAAACAGUUACCGAUCCACUUGCCCCAGCACGAGCACACGGGAACGAGCCGUCAAGAGGGGCUAAGAUCGAUGCUCAGAUCCAGAGCGAGGAGGGGGAAUUGCUUCGGAAGAAGAACAAUUGA